CGACCCAACGCAGUUUAUAUAAGAUUCUCCGAGUCAUUAGGGUUUAUCCUCCGAUAACGUUUGUUCAAAGAGCCAUCUUUCAACGCCUUCCCAACAAGCAGAACCAAAAGGAAUGGCAACAGCUCCCGCAAUUUCAACUAGGAGUUUGCCGUCAUUUGAAGGGCUUCGACCUUCAACAGUCAGGGCGUCUUUGGUUCGUCUGCCACUAAGAGCAGCGGGUCUCACACAGAGGUCGCUCAGGGGUCUGGUUGUCAGAGCUGCCACUUCAAUUGGCCCCAAGUAUACUUCCUUGAAGCCCUUGGCUGAUAGAGUGCUGGUGAAGAUUAAAACUGUGGAGGAGAAGACCGGAGGUGGUAUUUUACUUCCAACAACAGCUCAAACAAAACCUCAAGGAGGGGAGGUUGUUGCUGUUGGAGAGGGCAGGACAGUUGGGAAGAACAAAGUAGACAUUGGUGUAAAGACCGGUACCUCGGUAGUGUAUUCCAAGUAUGCCGGGACUGAGUUGGAGUUCAAUGGAUCAAAUCAUCUUAUAUUGAAGGAAGAUGAUAUAGUCGGUAUUCUUGAGACAGACGAUAUCAAGGAUCUGAAGCCCUUGAAUGAUAGAGUCUUAAUCAAGGUUGCUGUGGCCGAAGAAAAGACUGCUGGAGGCUUGUUGCUUACCGAGGCAACAAAGGAGAAACCUUCCAUUGGCACUGUGAUUGCAGUUGGACCUGGGUCUCUGGAUGGGGAGGGUAAUAGGAAACCACUGUCAUUAAGCCCAGGCAGCACAAUUAUGUACUCCAAGUAUGCAGGAAAUGAGUUCAAGGGCAGUGAUGGUUCUGAUUACAUAGCUUUACGGGCGUCUGAUGUGAUGGCUGUGCUUUCCUAGUAUAUGUGCAUUGUUUAUAAAACUGAUCUUUCUGGUAGAGUCCAAACUCGUGGAUUUUAAAUGUAACCACACUUGGAAAUUGGAAUAUGCUUGAUGCAGCAUUCAGUUGUUAAUCCAAUUGCGGCUCUGUAUUCUCAUCUGAGUCUUUUUUUGU